GUGGGUUGUUACCGAGAUGUCCUUUCCUAAGCCACCAAGAGAAUUUAGAAGGCUGAUCGUAAUUGACAGCAGCCCUGAGGAGCGCGAGCACGGAGCUCAGAGCGAGAGAGUGAGGCGCGCGACCGUAACGCAGCACCGCGCGGACACAAACCCAAACCGCGAGCCGUGCGGAUGCUUUAACUGGUAGGAGUCAGAGACGCCGUUCAUUCCUGUAUUGCUAUCCAAGGUGCUGAACGCGAUACUACAGUCUGACGUCUGGAGGAAAUGGGCGUUCCCACAGUGCUGCUUGGCCUCGCCUGCAUUGCGAGUUGCCUCGCAACGCUUGUUUGCUGUCAAGAAGGGGCGUGUCUGCAGGACGGCCGACACAAAGCCACGCCCGGUCCAGAGCCCUAUUUGAGAGAAUGCUCAUUGUACAUGGAGAAUGCUUGCUGCUCAGAGCAGGACAUUGAGGACCUCACUGCUCCCCCUGCUGGUUCUAUUGCCACCCCCUGGGACAGGUGUGGUUCUCUCAGUGCAGUCUGCGAGACAUUCCUCAAGAGAGUCAUCUGCUUCCACCACUGCUCUCCUGAUGCAGCUCACUGGCCACACCCUCAGCCUGACUCCGGCCUCAGGGCGGUGCCUCUGUGCCACAGCUUCUGCAGAGACUGGUACGAAGCUUGCAAAACGGACCUGACGUGCGCCCGGAACUGGGCCGUCGAUCCCAGGGGCUCCAAAUGCACAGGAGGCUGCGUUCCUUACCAGCAGAUGUACCAGCAUGGGCGGGACCUUUGCGAGAGUCUUUGGGGUGACGCCUUUAUGACAGUGGAGGAUGAAGUUGGCGAAGAAGACGGGGUCGACGGUCACGGUUGUGGCUGUCUCACCCUCAGUCCCUCAGACCAAGAGGUCAUAGCGGCCCUGAGAGCCCAGAGGGACAACCCUGAGGAGCUGGACACCACCAAACACGGCCUGCCCCAGUACCGUGCCCCCUGCCCCCACACAGCUGCAGCAGCCCCGCAGGUCAGGAGGGGCAGCAGCAACGUGUUUCUGCGCAAACGCUCGCUGCCUGUCCAUGAGGCUGAGGGCAGCGGGAGUGGUUUCUAGAGAGGCCUCACAAACUCGAACACUCCUAAAACAGAGCAUUGUUGUAGAGCAUAAUAGGGUUUUUCCGUCACUAUAUUACAGUGGUUGUUCACUGCAUCCAGUCUAAUGGUAACUCAUUUAGGUCAUUUUUGGCAUCUGCAGUUUUUUUUCAAUGUAUUAUUAUAUUAUAUUAAAUUAUAUUAUAUUACUGGCAUUAAUAUAUACAUUAUAUAGACAAUCAUAUAUUCUGAGCUGAAAUAACAGGUAGUACAAUUUUGCCAGCAAUAGUAUUAGAUUCAGUUAGAGCUGAUACCAUAUUCAGUGUGGUUUAUAUAUAUAGUGCUGUACCUUCAACAGUACAACCUGUACCAUAACUGUACCUUUAACUGUACCUGUAACUUUAUCUAUAACUGUACCUUUAACAGUACCCGUAACUUUAUCUCUAAUUGUACCUUUAACUGUACCUGUAACUUUAUCUAUAAGUGUACCAAACACUGUAUCCAUAACUAUACCUUUAACUUUAUCUCUAACUGUACCUUUAACUGUACCCAUGAUUGUACUCAUAACUGUACUUGAAACUUUAUCUCUAACUGUACCUUUAACUGUACCUGUAACUUUAUAUUCUGUAGCUUUAACUGUACCCAUAACUCCACCCGUCUCCCCCUGUAGCUGGUUGGCAGGUGGCUGUUCAGAGUAAAGCAUUGCUCAGGCAGGUGUAGCAUGGAACUGAAGCCAAUCUUCAUAGUGUCUCUACCCAGACUACACGGAUCAGAUGUCUGUUUUGAUGUGUCUCCAUCUGUACUGUUGUGUCUCUGUCUGUACUGUUGUGUCUCUGUCUGUGCUGUUGUGUCUCUGUCUGUGCUGCCGUGUCUCUGUCUGUGCUGCCGUGUCUCUGUCUGUGCUGCCGUGUCUCCGUCUAUGUUGGCACCUCCUGUCUCAUAGUUGUCACUGGAGCUGCGGCGUCUCAGCCGAGCCAGGUCCCUGUCCUGGACCCCGGCCUGGACCCUAGCCCUAACACCGGCCUGUACCUCGGUCCGGAAACUGGCCUGGACCUUGGCCUGGACUUGCACAGGUGCAUGGAGGCCAAGCACAGAGGGAGGCUCCUUGACUGUGAAAGCAUCAGUAUGCAACCGACCCCUUGAUCCCUGAAUAAAUGUAGUGUUUCUAAACCGCA